UAUGAAGAUAUAGAUGAAACUUUAACAAAUGAAAAGUCAUUAUUUUGCCUUUCACAAUUGGAAAUUUUAAAACAAUGCUAUUUAUGUUAACAAUGUUUUCGUGAAUUGCACAUCAUAACAUACUGUAGGCGUUCAUGAAAUAUGGUACAAAAAGUUUUUAAAGAACAUUGUGAAAACAUAUAUUAAGGAUCCCACUUCCAGGUAUAUACAAGGAAUAAUUGAGAACAGACACUGAAACAGAUAUUUGGAUACCAAUGUUCAUAGCAAGAUUAUUCACAAUAGCCAAAAGGUAAAUAACCCAAAUGUCUAAAGGGGAUGAAUGGAAAAAAGUAUGAUGUAUGAAUACAAAAAAAUAUUUUUUGGCCUCAUAAAAGAAUGAAAUUCUGAUAUAAGCUACCACAUAGAACCUUAAGAACAUUAUUUUAAUUGAAAUAAGCCACAUAUAAAUAAGCCAAAUAUUGUACAAUUCCACCUUUAAGAGGAACUUGGAGGAGGCAAUUAAAAUAUAUUUAAAGUGGAAUAGUGGUUAGAAGGACUCGGAGAAGGUGAGAAUGGGGACAGAUUAUUUACAGUAUGAGAGGAUAUAGUUGGGGUGAUUUAAAAAAAUGUGGAGGUGUUGACGGUUGCACAGAACUGGGAAUCUAUACCUUUUCUUCAUGAUAAAAAAUACUGAAAAGGAGAAAAACUGUGAACCUUCUUAAUGUUAUGAAUGGUAUAGUCCAAAAUUAUAAUGAUAAAUUUUAUGUAAUGUAUAUUUUGCCACAAAAAUUUCAUAGAAAAAUUCUUAAACAGAACCAGUAAGACCCUGUCCCAAGAGAAAUUCAAUUAUUGGACAUCAUGGGAAGUCAAAGAACAUUCAAGGCAUUGCCUGCAAUAAAAAAUGCGACAUUGAAUAUUUUCUAAAUUAUGUCCCAGCAAAAUAAGUUGUAUUUUUCUUCUAAUUCUUAUUUUAUAAUUUAAUAAUGUCUUUAUAAUUCAAUAGCAAUUUGGACCAUAAUGAGAAAGAUUUGAAAAUUAAUAAUACAGCAAAUUAAAAAUUGUUCCCCAUAUGUAAGAUAUUAUAAGAAUUUGUGGUAAUAUGUGUAUUUUAAAUUCACCACAUUCCAUUUUAAUGUAUUUAGUUGCUAGACAAUAAAAUGAAAAUUAACAAAUUAAUAUAUGUAGACACGUAUUACAAUGUACUUACCGAAUAACAACGUAUAAAAUACAGGAUUCCAUAAAAUUUUGAGACACAACAAUAUUGGGAGAAUCUGAAUAAAUAUAUUUGUAUCUUUCUCCGUUGAAAUGAUCCUUAACACUCCCAGCAAACAUUUAAAGAAAUGAAUAGAAUCCCAUUUACAGCCUUGGGUUAAGGGCAGCCUCUUCACUUAGCCUUGUGUCUCCCUUCAGGAAAAAAUGGUAGGAAUGCCCCAUGGAAAACUAUACUCAAACAUCAACUGAUUUCAUCUUAUUGGGAUUGUUCCCACCAUCAAGAAUUGGCCUUUUCCUCUUCAUUCUCAUUGUUCUCAUUUUCCUAAUGGCUCUAAUUGGAAACCUAUCCAUGAUUCUUCUCAUCUUCUUGGACACCCAUCUCCACACACCCAUGUAUUUCCUUCUUAGUCAGCUCUCUCUCAUUGACCUAAAUUACAUCUCCACCAUUGUUCCUAAGAUGGCAUCUGAUUUUCUGUAUGGAAACAAGUCUAUCUCCUUCAUUGGGUGUGGGAUUCAGGACUUCUUCUUGGCAUUAGGAGGCGCAGAAGCGCUACUUUUGGCCUCUAUGGCCUACGAUCGUUACAUUGCUAUUUGCUUUCCUCUCCACUAUCUCAUCCACAUGAGCAAAAGAGUGUGUGUGCUGCUGAUAACUGGAUCUUGGCUCAUAGGCUCUAUCAAUGCUUGUGCUCACACUGUGUAUAUAUUCCAUAUCCCUUAUUGUCGAUCCAGGGCCAUCAAUCACUUCUUCUGUGAUGUCCCAGCCAUGGUGACUCUGGCUUGCAUGGACACCUGGGUCUAUGAGGGCACAGUGUUUUUGAGCACUGCCAUCUUUCUCGUGUUUCCCUUCAUUGGUAUUGCAUGCUCCUAUGGCCGGGUUCUCCUUGCUGUCUACCGCAUGCACUCUGCAGAGGGAAGGAAGAAGGCCUAUGUGACCUGCAGCUCCCACCUCACUAUAGUAACCUUCUACUAUGUGCCUUUUCUCUACACCUAUCUACGUCCAAGAUCCCUGCGAUCUCCAACAGAGGACAAAGCUCUGGCUGUCUUCUACACCAUCCUCACUCCAGUGCUCAAUCCCAUCAUCUACAGCCUGAGAAACAAGGAGGUGAUGGGGGCCCUGAAGUGAGUGAGUCAGAGAAUCUGCUCGGUGAAAAUACAGAAACACUUUCCGCCUAAGGUCCCAGGACUCAGAUAUGUGUCCAUUCAGCAAUGUAUAGUACUUGAAAUAUUAUUUCAUGCCUAGAGUGCAAGAACUAAAAGUAAUCAAGGGAAGAAGAAAAUCACUGAUAUCUGGGCAAAAUUGUUUUGCAAAUAUAUAUAUAUAAUUCUAAAAAACCAUUAUUAUUCAUGGUAUUUUCCACAUGAAUUUUGAAAAGAACAUACUUUUGCUAAUAUGUUGUCAGUGAGAAUGUUUAUGUUUGGUCAUGCAAAAAUGAAAUGAAAAUUACCUAACUGAAGUUGGCACUCAGCAUAACAAUUUUAUUAUUGUCAAUUUAUUUUCCAGUAAUUUAAAUUUACUUAUUUUAUUUAUAUAUAUA